AUGGACGCCAUUUCAACCGGAUGGAGCGUAUUCACCACCUGCUACUCGGCGUACCAAAUCGUCAGCGAGGCGAUUGAACUCAACAGCGACUCAGUUCUGUGGAGCGUGCAAACCCGUGUCGAACGCGUCCGGUUUGAGGUUUGGGGCCGCACUCUUGGGUUCCUCGAUGAGAAGACGGGCGCGCCUAAGGACCUGGACAAGGAAGACUUGACAGUUAGCAAUGGGGGUUUGAGCGAUAUUGUCCAAAUCGAGACUGCCAACCAGCUCAUCCGCGACCUCCUCAAGGCGAUAACGGCCGCUCUCAACGAGUUUCAAAAGACGGCCGAGAAGUAUAGCCUGGAAAAGAAGAACGUGGAACCAACCGCGACAAGCACGACCAGCCGGCGCCUGAGGGCUCUUGCGGGCUUCUCCAAGGCUUGGUCGGAGACCAAAGUAUUCACCAAGCAUGUUGUCUACAUCCUGGUGGACAAAGGCCUCGUCGAACAGCUUGUACAGAAGUUGAGCGGCCUAAAUGACUCUUUGGAGAAGCUCCUCACGCUCCCUCAAAAAGUCCAGUACGCAAAGGCAGUCUCAUCGGGGGUUUUGGUCAAGUAUCAACGUCCUGACGAACUCGGCUCUCUGAUCGAAGCCCUAGACGACGGCUCCGGGCAGAAAAGCACACAGUCCGACCCGGGUAUCCUCAAAGCAUCGGCCCGUGUCAAACAACUGUGCGUCCGGAUGGAUUCCCACGAACCCGCCGAGCGGGCAGCCGCCCCGGGACCUGGAAGUUUCAAACUCGGGACGGAACUCGUCCGUGGGUACCCGGCACCGACAAAGAAGCAUAGAGGCGACCCGCACUGGCCCUUUGGUGUCGCCAACUACACCACUGGCGCGGAGCCGACUCGAAGGGUUCUCGUAGAAUGGCGUGACGCGAAGCCUAGCUCACCACGGUUCAUCAUCGAAAAUACAGAGCUUGUCCGGCGCCGGGAUGCCAUCGCUCAACUCCUUCACCGCACUAGCACCAUGACGGGCGCUGAUGAUUACCGGCUGCUCGACUGUGUUGGUUACAUUGAGACAACAACCACAGAUGGCAGCGACGAUCCCGAUGCUCCAGCGGUCAAUGUUGUCGGUUUCGUUUCGUUGUUCCCGUCGUGGGCUGACGAGCAUUCCGAACCCAUUACGCUGCAUAGUCUUCUCCAAAAUGCCUUUGACAGGGAAGUACCGGUCCUAACGGGCGGCAACAACGACAGUACAUCAAUAGUCCCAGCCUUAGGCACACGGUUCUCCCUCGCUCGUGACCUCUCCAACGCUCUGUACCAGCUCCAGUGCAGUAACUGGGUGCACCGCAACCUCAGCAGCCACCAGGUGGUCUUUUUCCGUGACAGCACCUCCGGAAAUGUACUCCGUCUCGAUCGGCCCUUCCUCAUUGGCUUCCAGUACUCGCGGCCCGAUGAUAACAUGAACUCAAACAAUGGUCCGACGCCGGUCAACCUCUUUUCUGAAGGGUUCGGUCACAGCCUCAAGAGCAGCGCCGCUUUCCCCGAGCUGUAUCUGCCCCCAGAAUUCUCUGUUUUCUCUUCUGACAGCGUGUCGUCAGGAGCACUGGGUCCAGCGGGGCUGAGCUUGCGACGCUAUCGACGGUCCGACGAUGUCUACAGUUUGGGUGUAAUGUUGUUAGAAAUUGGAUUUUGGGAGCCGGUCAACGCAUUCCACCAUAACAACCAAGCUAGUCACGACGGGUCGAGAGACGCCACGGAGAAAGCUCCAACGGUCCAGGACACAGCACGCAAAGUGCUGACGGCCGCAGCGGCCGAGCUGCCGUCCGAGGUCGGGGCAUUGUAUGCUGAUGCCGUGCUGCGGUGCCUUCGGGGGUUGCGUCAGGGGGAGGUGACCCAGGCGUCAUCGGCGACUGACGACAGUGGGGUUGCUACGGAGGGCGAAGGAACACCUGUUUACGACGGGCAGUAUCAUGGUGAAGACCCGGAGUUUGCACUUGAGGUAGACUUUUUAUGGAAGGUUUUGAGGGAAAUUGAAAAGUGUCGCGUGUAA